CAUCCUUUAAAGAGCACUGUCCCAGAUCGUCAUGGCCGUCGCCGAGUGCUCCCUCUGCGUUGCGUCAUCAGGAGGCGCCAGAGACCCAGUCUAGUGACAGCUAGAGAGGGAGCGGGAUCAUGGCGGAGGAGCUGGGGCUCUGAGCGACUGCGGAAAAAAAUGAGUGGAGGGUUAGCACCAAGCAAAAGCACAGUUUAUGUGUCUAAUUUGCCCUUCUCGUUGACAAAUAAUGACUUAUACAGGAUUUUUUCCAAAUAUGGCAAAGUGGUUAAAGUUACAAUUAUGAAAGACAAAGAUACCCGAAGGAGUAAAGGUGUUGCAUUUAUUUUGUUCUUGGAUAAAGAAUCAGCGCAGAAUUGUUCCCGGGCACUUAACAAUAAACAACUGUUUGGAAGAGUAAUAAAAGCAAGUAUUGCUAUUGACAACGGAAGAGCUGCAGAAUUUAUCCGGAGGAGAAACUACUAUGACAAAUCAAAGUGUUAUGAAUGUGGACUUUUGUUUCAUCCAGAUGCAUGGGCAGGAGGGGAACUCUUAAACAGCAAUAUCAAUCAGUCACCCAGGACUCUUUCACCCUGGCUCUUUCUUGCUAAACUCCUCUUCGAACGGCAUGGGGAAAUCCGAAGGAGCUGCUAUCACAUUUCCAUAGUGACCCAUAAAUACGUUGACUUAGGAUUUGGGGGUUAAUUCUGGGGCAUAAAUUUUUAAAUUUAUAGAUGAUGAGUAUAUACAGUAAAUUUAGUGUCACUGGUAGAAAUGUUGGGUUGUUGCUUAACCUGGUUCAUGUUAAAGCAUGUUCUUGGGUUACCAGGUAAGUAACAUGAUAGGUAAUUGUCAGGAUUAUUUUUUAUCAUUGAAUGUAAUUUUGAAAAGUCUUAAUAAAUUGUCUCCAAUAUUGCACACCCUUCUUACAUUGCCACAGUUCUAAUGUUAGUCUCAUAAGGAAUGCAAAAUCUAUUGCAAGUACUGCAGUUUCUUUUUUACUUCAUUAUAGUACUUCCAGGUGCUACACAGUUACUCUCAAAAACUAACUUGUAACUAAGGUACAGUUUCACUUACACUGUACUUACAUUGUGAAUUUGUAAGGGAAAGAAUAACAUUGUAGUACUUUGUUAAAAAUGAAAUAUCAAUCUAUUGGUUUAUAGUAUGUUGAUUCUCUGGGCUGUACUUUUUCUUCAUGAGUUCUGUUCACCAUUCCCCCCCCCCU